AUGCAAAACGCGCAGGUGCAAAGCGCCGAGACCGCGCACGAAGUUCAAUCAAACUCACAACCUAACAACGUCUCUACUGACACAGAAAAAAGUGGACAAUCAGAAAAUGAUAACAAAUCCUGUACCAGCUCACAAUACUACUUAAAUAAAGAUCCAAUCUUUACUUCUCCAAUUUCGGUAAAACCGAAGACUCAAGAACCCGAGAGAUUCACUGAUAACAGAAUUUACGUGAGCAAUAUCCCAUUCUCAUUCAGACAAGAAGAUCUCGCUGCCAUGUUUUAUCCAUAUGGCAAAGUCCUCGACGUCGACAUUGUUACUAAUGACAGAGGAUCCAAAGGUUUCGGAUUUGUCACCCUUGACUCUAUUGCUGCAUGCGAGCGAGCUCGCGCGGCCCUCCAUGAAUCACAUGUUCAAGGCCGCAUCAUCGAAGUGCGUCGCGCGACUCCCACACGCAAGAAGGUCCCUAAUAAUGUAAAUAGCGAAAUCAUUCCACCACCAAAGCUGCAAGUUGAUCUACGAGCUCCGCAUUCGCUCUGGCAACCGGAGCCUGAUAAUAAAGAGAAUUUCCAAUUUGCUGCCCCGUAUUCGCCAAGCAUUAUUGUUCCUACACCGCAUGAGAUGAUGUAUGAGCAUGCGAUGCAAAGAGUCCCAUUCAGUUGCGCCAUGCACCCAAAUCGUGGUCGCCAUCGUUGUACGAAGCAUCACAAUCUAAAGCUCUCCGCUAAUGGCCAAUAUUAUUUGAAUAAUGGCGUUUCCACUUCUGAUGACAGCCUUCUCAACUGUUUGGGAAUUAGUGAUUCCGAGCGUCGUCAGUUAAAGAAGCAGCAAGAGUUCCUCGCGAUGAUUAUGCGUAAGGAGAAUCAACAGAGCGAGUAUGCGUUCCCAUCGGGACCACCAACUCCAACGCCAACGCCUAAGUCGCCAGAGAUGACAUUGCUUGAAGCUGCAGUUAAUAAUCAGUUUCAUGACGAGCUAGCUUCACUCUUGGGUAACAAUAUGCAUCAACCAUUGUCGAGAUUGUUCCCGAUGUAUCCUCCGAGAAAAUCGGAAUCGGUUACUUCAGGAAUUCGCACAUCCGAAAGUGAUGCUACUUCAGAUGAGGAAUCGAGUGGCCGCAACCUGUGGACACCAAACACGAGCCCUGAUAUAUUGGCAUCGUUGUAUGAUGGAUGUUCAUCGUCGAUGUCAAAAUUCUGA